GUAGCUUGUGUGUGCUUCACUUGAAAUGUAUAUUUGUAUCACAGAUAGGCGAAAGGCAAGGGAUAUUAACCAGGAGAGACCCUAGACUCCGCAAUAAGGCUGUCUGUACUGGACUGAUCUGUCUGGGACACUGUACGUCUUUGAAAUAUCCAGGACACCCUUUCUGUGUCUUCGCUUUGGCUGAGAGAUUCUAGUUGUCUAGUUUUGGAUCUUGGAUAGAGAGAAGAUCAGCGUCUGGUCGUGAAGCCUGCAGCGCGGCUGCAUCAUACAAGAAGUUGAGCCCACCGGACAUUGGACAGCAGAGAUAUUUCGAGCAUGGAUUAUGACGGCACACAGAGGAAUGCAGUCAUUUAACUGAUUUCUCUCUGUUGGUCACCAGAUGUAACUCAAUUACACCUUGGGCUAGAUGUGACGUUUGCUCAGUCUAAAUGAAAACGCUGGAUAUCCUUCUUUUCUCUUCCCGAGGCAACAAUACUAGUGUGACUACCGCACCCACAGGACAUUCAAGCGCAGUGACAAAUACAAAUUUCUCUAUCAACAAUAACCCCAGAGCCUCAGUCGGUAUGGGCUACUUCCUCACAAGGUAGACAGAAAAAUCUGCAUUUCAUAAGGUUGAAUGAUUAAACGCGAAUGCCUGUUUGAUGGGUUACUCUUAGAUAACACAAAGAAAAGAAACAUCUCCAGCCAAGCCCCGGACCAUUCUCUUCAAUGUUGAGGAAGACUAAUGUGCCAUGGAUGUGAAAGAGAGGAAACCGUAUCGUUCCCUGACAAGGCGCCGGGACACUGAGCGACGUUACACCAGCUCGUCUGCCGAUAGCGAUGAAAGCAGGAUCCCCCAGAAAUCUUACAGCUCCAGUGAGACCUUAAAAGCCUACGACCAAGACUCCAGAUUGUCUUACAGCAAUCGUGUUAAAGAUAUGGUGCACCAGGAGGUCGACGAAUUCUGUCGAACAGGUGGCAGCUUUACCUUGCAAGAGCUGGGUCUUGGUGAAGUGACACCACCACAUGGGACCAUCUACAGAACCGACCUUGGCUUGCCACAUUGUGGCUACUCAAUGACAGGUGACAACGAUGCAGACACAGAAGCAGAUACUGUUUUGUCUCCAGAACAUCCGGUGAGACUCUGGGCGCGUAAUACCAAAUCUGGCAGGAGUUCCUGUUUGUCCAGCAGGGCCAACUCCAACCUUACACUGACCGACACAGAACAUGAGAACACUGAAACCGGUGGGAACCCUAAUUGUAGUUCCAUAAUGGAGUGGUUUCAAGAAGAUCUAAAUCAUCCUUAUCCAUUUCAGCACCAGAGCGAUCAGCCACUGGGCCUUCAGAAUCAUCUGAGGUUAAGAACGCCUCCUCCACCUUUAUCUCACACUUCAAACCCGCACCAUGCAGCUUCCAUCAACUCCCUGAAUCGAGGAAAUUUCACCCCGCGUAGUAACCCAAGCCCUGCUCCCACGGACCAUUCUCUGUCAGGAGAGCCACCAGGCGGUGGCCACCAAGAUCCAACCCAUGGUCAGGACAACUGGCUUCUCAACAGCAACAUUCCCCUGGAGACCAGAAACAUAGCAAAGCAGGCAUUCCUAGAGACAUUGCAGGACAACCUCAUUGAGAUGGACAUUCUCACCACCUCCCGACAUGACGGUGCUUACAAUGAUGGGCAUUUCCUCUUUAAACCUGGAGGCACUUCUCCCCUUUUUUGUACAACCUCGCCGGGGUACCCCCUGACAUCCAGCACUGUGUACUCUCCGCCUCCCAGACCGCUCCCUCGCAGCACUUUCUCCAGACCAGCCUUUAACCUGAAGAAGCCGUAUAAAUACUGCAACUGGAAAUGCGCCGCCCUAAGCGCCAUCUUUAUCUCCGUCACACUGGUGAUCCUCCUGGCGUAUGUCAUCGCCAUGCACCUCUUUGGCCUGAAUUGGCACCUGCAGCCAAUUGAUGGAAACAUGUAUGUGAUCACAGAGGAGACGCCCAGCAGUUGGCCAGUACCAACGGACGUCACCUUAUAUCCCUCUGGUGGGACAGGGUUAGAAAUUCCCGACCGGAAAGGCAAAGGAAGCAGUGAAGUGGGGAAACCAAGCAGCAUUUUCCCUGACGAUGGUUUUAUUGACUCUGGCGAGUUGGAUGUAGGGAGACGAGCAACUCAGAAGAUUCCACCCGGCAUAUUCUGGCGAUCCCAAGUUUUUAUCGAUCACCCUGUACAUAUAAAAUUUAACGUAUCUUUGGGAAAAGCGGCACUCGUUGGGAUAUAUGGUAGAAGGGGUCUGCCACCAUCACACACCCAGUUUGAUUUUGUGGAAUUACUAGACGGGAGACGCCUCCUUGCUCAGGAAGCUCGGAGUUUAGAAGGUCCUCAGCGACUUCAUCGUGGCAUCGUGCCUCUUGCAAGCCACGAGACGGGUUUCAUCCAGUAUUUGGACUCUGGGAUCUGGCAUCUGGCUUUCUAUAACGACGGCAAAGAGACCGAGGUGGUGUCCUUCCUUACUACGGCAAUUGAAUCGGUGGAUGACUGCCCCAGUAACUGCUACGGAAAUGGCGAAUGCGUCUCUGGGAACUGCCACUGCUUCCUGGGAUUCCUUGGGCCGGAUUGUGGACGAGCAUCUUGCCCCGUGCUGUGCAGUGGUAACGGGCAGUAUAUGAAAGGGCGAUGCUUGUGCCACAGCGGCUGGAAGGGCGCGGAGUGUGACGUUCCUACGAGCCAGUGUAUCGAUAUCACCUGCAGCAACCAUGGCGCGUGUAUGAUGGGAACCUGCAUCUGCAACCUUGGGUACAAGGGAGAAAACUGUGAGGAAGUGGACUGCAUGGACCCAACGUGUUCUGGAAGAGGAGUGUGCGUUCAAGGAGUGUGUCACUGUGCAGUUGGUUGGGGUGGAACGAGCUGUGAAAACCCAAGAGCCACCUGCCUAGACCAAUGCUCCGGACAUGGAACUUUUCAGGCUGAUACUGGCGUGUGCACCUGCGACCCUAACUGGACCGGACAUGACUGCUCGAUAGAGAUAUGUGCAGCAGACUGCGGAGGGCAUGGCACUUGCAUCGGAGGAAGCUGCCGCUGUGAUGAGGGUUGGAUGGGCACAGCCUGUGACCAGCGGGCAUGCCACCCACGCUGUAUUGAACAUGGGACAUGUCGAGACGGGAAGUGUGAAUGCAGCCCGGGCUGGAACGGAGAGCACUGCACUAUUGAGGGAUGUCCUGGAUUGUGUAAUGGGAAUGGCCGGUGCACCUUGGACGUCAAUGGAUGGCACUGCGUCUGCGAUCUGGGCUGGAGGGGAUCUGGCUGUGACACAUCUAUGGAAACAUCUUGCAGUGAUAGCAAGGAUAACGACGCAGAUGGCUUAGUGGACUGCAUGGAUCCUGAUUGCUGCUUACAGCCUUCCUGCCAAACCAGCGCACUGUGUUUAGGCUCACCCGAUCCCCUGGAUAUCAUCCAGGAAACGCAAGCUCCAGUGUCCCAGCAGAACCUGCACUCCUUCUACAGCCGGAUCAAGUUCCUAGUAGGGAAGGACAGCACUCACUACAUUCCAGGAGAUAAUCCUUUCACUGGAGGGCAUGCGUGUGUCAUUCGUGGUCAAGUGAUGACAUCCGACGGGACACCGCUAGUGGGAGUAAACAUAAGUUUUGUUGGCGCACCACUCUUGGGCUACACUAUCAGCAGACAAGACGGAAGCUUUGAUCUGGUUACAAAUGGCGGUAUAUCCAUUACCCUCCGCUUUGAACGGGCUCCAUUUAUUACUCAAGAACAUACACUCUGGUUGCCAUGGGACCGCUUUUUCGUCAUGGAGACCAUUACAAUGAGACACGAGGAGAACGAGAUCCCGAGCUGUGACCUUAGUAGCUUUGCCCGUCCCAACCCGGUUCUCUCACCUGCUCCUCUCACUGCAUUUGCCAGUUCUUGUUCAGAAAAGGGGCCCAUUGUUCCAGAAAUACAGGCACUGCAGGAGGAGAUCCCAAUACCAGGAAGCAAAAUAAAACUGAGUUAUCUCAGCACAAGGAACACUGGUUAUAAGUCUGUUCUCCGAAUCAGCCUAACCCACCCCACCAUUCCCUUCAACCUCAUGAAAGUUCACCUCAUGGUGGCCGUCGAGGGCCGCCUCUUUCGGAAAUGGUUUUCAGCUGCCCCAGAUCUCUCUUACUUUUUUAUAUGGGACAAGACAGACGUGUACAGCCAAAAAGUUUAUGGCCUGUCAGAGGCCUUUGUUUCUGUUGGUUAUGAAUACGAGUCGUGUCCAGAUCUGAUUCUAUGGGAGAAGAGGACAGCCGUGCUUCAGGGGUAUGAGAUAGAGGCAUCCAAGUUGGGCGGUUGGUCCCUCGAUAAACACCAUGCUCUUAACAUCCAAACCGGAAUUGUGCAUAAAGGAAAUGGUGAGAAUCAGUUCAUCUCCCAGCAGCCACCUGUCAUUGGUAGCACCAUGGGAAAUGGCCGUCGGCGGAGUAUUUCCUGUCCCAGCUGCAACGGCCUUGCCGAGGGUAACAAACUUCUAGCUCCAGUUGCUCUGACCUGUGGAUCGGACGGCAGCCUUUAUGUAGGGGAUUUCAACUAUAUCCGAAGGAUCUUCCCCUCGGGCAAUGUCACAAACAUCCUGGAAUUAAGAAAUAAAGAGUUCAGGCACAGCCACAGUCCGGCCCAUAAAUAUUACUUGGGUACAGAUCCCAUCACAGGUGCCAUACUCCUGUCUGAUACCAACAGCAGACGUGUCUACAAGAUCAAAUCCACCACUGUUAUAAAGGAUGUUGUGAAGAAUUCCGAGGUGUUAGCAGGAACCGGAGAUCAAUGCCUUCCCUUUGAUGACACACGAUGCGGAGAUGGGGGUAAAGCCACAGAGGCCUCGCUAAACAACCCUAGAGGUAUCACAGUGGAUAAAUUUGGGUUAAUAUACUUUGUUGAUGGUACUAUGAUUCGCCGGAUUGACCAGAAUGGUAUUAUCUCCACUUUACUUGGAUCCAACGACCUGACCUCGGCCAGACCCUUGAGCUGCGAUGCAGUCAUGGACAUAUCCCAGGUUCGCCUAGAAUGGCCGACAGACUUGGCAGUAAAUCCUAUGGAUAAUUCUCUCUAUGUUCUUGACAAUAAUGUUGUACUGCAAAUCUCGGAAAAUCAUCAAGUGCGAAUCGUAGCAGGCAGGCCAAUGCACUGCCAGGUGCCUGGUAUUGAUCACUUCCUCCUUAGUAAAGUGGCCGUGCAUGCCACCCUGGAAGCAGCGACUGCGUUGGCUGUAUCUCAUAACGGCAUUUUAUACAUUGCAGAAACUGACGAAAAAAAGAUCAACAGAAUCCGACAGGUAACUACCAAUGGUGAAAUCUCCUUGGUUGCUGGAGCUCCAAGUGGCUGCGACUGCAAGAAUGAUGCCAAUUGUGAGUGCUUUUCAGGAGAUGAUGGUUACGCAAAAGAUGCCAAACUAAACUCUCCAUCUUCUCUAGCUGUAUGUGCUGAUGGUGAAUUGUACGUAGCAGAUCUUGGAAACAUUAGAAUCCGAUUUAUACGUACAAAUAAGCCCUUCCUUAACAAUCAGAACAUGUAUGAAGUAUCUUCUCCGGUCGAUCAGGAGUUGUAUUUGUUUGACACAACCGGACGACACCUUUACACCCAGAGCCUUACCACUGGAGAUUAUCUCUUUAACUUUACUUAUACUGGGGAAGGAGAUCUCACCCUUAUAACAGAUAAUAAUGGUAACACGCUAAAUGUAAGGAGAGACUCGACUGGCAUGCCGUUGUGGUUGGUGGUACCAGAUGGGCAGGUCUAUUGGUUGACCAUUGGAACAAACAGUGCCCUGAAGAGUGUAUCUGCUCAAGGCCAUGAAUUAGCGAUGAUGACCUACCAUGGGAGCUCUGGUCUUCUUGCCACCAAGAGCAAUGAAAAUGGAUGGACUACGUUCUUUGAGUAUGAUAGCUUCGGGCGUCUGACCAACGUUACAUUCCCGACGGGCCAGGUCAGCAGUUUCCGAAGUGACACUGACAGCUCAGUACAUGUCCAGAUUGAGACAUCAAAUAAGGAAGAUGUCACCAUAACCACUAACCUAUCGGCCUCUGGAGCCUUCUACACUCUGCUUCAAGACCAAGUACGGAACAGCUACUACAUCGGAGCAGACGGGUCUCUGAGGCUUAUUUUAGCUAAUGGGAUGGAGGUGGCCCUACAGACUGAACCUCACUUGCUGGCUGGCACUGUAAAUCCCACCGUUGGCAAGAGGAACGUCACUCUUCCUAUCGACAAUGGCCUAAACUUGGUGGAAUGGCGACAACGCAAAGAACAAGGGAGAGGACAGGUCACUGUUUUUGGUCGCCGGCUUAGGGUGCACAAUAGGAACCUGCUGUCCCUUGAUUUUGAUCGCAUCACAAGAACAGAGAAGAUUUAUGAUGACCAUCGGAAAUUCACCUUGAGAAUCCUGUAUGAUCAAGCUGGUAGACCCAGUCUCUGGUCCCCAAGCAGCCGAUUAAAUGGAGUAAACAUUACAUAUUCCCCUGGAGGACAAGUGGCAGGGAUUCAGAGGGGCACCAUGUCUGAGAGAAUGGAAUAUGACCAAGCUGGAAGAAUCAUAUCCAGAACAUUUGCGGAUGGAAAAUCGUGGAGCUACACUUACCUAGAAAAGUCAAUGGUAUUGCUUCUUCAUAGCCAGCGGCAGUACAUCUUUGAGUUUGAUAAGAAUGAUCGCUUAUCUUCAGUUACUAUGCCUAAUGUAGCAAGACAGACUAUGGAGACCGUGAGAUCUAUUGGCUACUACAGGAAUAUAUACAGACCUCCAGAGGGAAACUCUUCCAUAAUUCAGGACUUUUCGGAAGGAGGACAUCUCCUACAAACACUCUAUCUUGGUACAGGAAGACGUGUAAUAUACAAAUAUGGAAAACUGGCUAAACUUUCUGAAAUCUUGUAUGAUACCACCAAAAUAGCUUUUACCUACGAUGAGGCUGCUGGAAUGCUGAAGACCAUUAAUUUGCAAAAUGAAGGAUUUACUUGCACUAUACGGUACCGGCAAAUAGGACCUUUAAUAGAUCGACAGAUAUUUCGCUUCACGGAGGAAGGAAUGGUAAAUGCCCGAUUUGACUAUAACUAUGACAACAGCUUCCGUGUCACCAGCAUGCAGGCUGUCAUUAACGAGACCCCACUGCCUAUUGAUUUGUACAGGUAUGACGAUGUGUCGGGCAAGACCGAACAGUUUGGAAAAUUUGGAGUGAUCUAUUAUGAUAUCAAUCAGAUCAUCACUACUCCUGUUAUGACCCACACAAAGCACUUUGAUACCUAUGGCAGAGUGAAAGAGGUUCAAUAUGAAAUCUUUAGAUCGCUGAUGUAUUGGAUGACUGUGCAGUAUGAUAACAUGGGAAGAGUAGUAAAGAAAGAAUUAAAAGUUGGUCCAUAUGCAAAUACUACAAGGUACUCCUAUGAGUAUGACCCCGAUGGGCAGUUACAAACGGUGUCUAUCAAUGACAAAGCCCUGUGGAGAUACAGUUAUGAUCUAAAUGGAAACUUGCACUUGUUGAGCCCUGGGAAUAGUGCCCGCCUCACACCAUUAAGGUAUGAUUUGAGAGACCGUAUAACACGGUUAGGCGAUGUUCAGUAUAAAGUUGAUGAAGAUGGCUUCUUGCGGCAAAGAGGAAGUGAUGUUUUUGAGUACAACUCAGCUGGUCUUCUGGUUAAAGCCUACAACAAGGUUGCUGGGUGGAGUGUGAAGUAUCGGUACGAUGGACUUGGAAGGAGGGUUUCAAGGAAGACGAAUUUUGGUCACCAUUUGCAGUUCUACUAUGCUGACCUUGCAAACCCUACGAGAGUCACCCAUUUCUAUAACCAUUCCAGUUCAGAGAUAGCUUCUCUUUAUUAUGACUUGCAAGGGCACCUCUUCGCCAUGGAGCUGAGUAGCGGUGAUGAAUUUUACAUCGCAUGUGACAAUAUUGGAACCCCGUUAGCCGUCUUCAGCGGAACCGGACUAAUGAUUAAACAAAUUUUAUACACCGCAUAUGGUGAAAUUUAUCUGGAUUCAAACCCAGGAUUUCAAAUCCUCAUUGGCUAUCAUGGUGGCUUGUAUGAUCCUCUCACUAGACUCAUCCACAUGGGCCGCCGGGAGUACGAUGUACUAGCAGGUCGUUGGACGAGUCCUGAUCAUGACAUCUGGAAGCGUUUGAGCUCUACAAACAUAAUGCCAUUCAACCUCUACAUGUUUAAAAAUAACAAUCCAGUCAGCAGCUCUCAUGACACAAAAUGUUACAUGACAGAUAUUAACAGCUGGCUUCUCACCUUCGGAUUCCAGCUGCAUAAUGUGAUUCCCGGCUACCCAAAGCCAGACAUCGAUGCAAUGGAGCCCUCUUAUGAGCUUGUCAACACCCAAAUGAAAACUCAAGAGUGGGACAACAGCAAGUCCAUCCUUGGAGUACAGUGUGAGGUGCAGAAGCAGCUGAAAGCUUUCGUCACCUUGGAACGUUUCGAACAGAUUUAUGGCUCUACAAUUGCUGGAUGUCGACUGGAAAAGGAGAGCAAGACGUUUGCCUCCCAAGGUUCUAUCUUUGGAAAAGGUGUCAAAUUUGCAUUAAAAGAUAGCAGAGUCACCACAGAUAUCAUAAGUGUAGCCAAUGAGGAUGGAAGGAGAAUUGCUGCCAUUCUGAACAAUGCCCAAUAUUUGGAAAACUUACAUUUCACCAUUGAUGGAGUCGAUACUCAUUAUUUCAUCAAACAAGGACCCUCUGAGAAUGACUUGUCCAUAUUAGGUCUCAGUGGUGGCAGACGUACUUUGGAGAAUGGAGUUAAUGUCACGGUAUCACAAAUCAACACGGUUCUUGGUACAAGGACUAGACGCUACACAGACAUACAACUUCAAUAUGGCACCCUGUGUUUGAACACCCGCUAUGGGACGACAUUAGAUGAGGAGAAGGUCCGUGUGUUGGAACUUGCCAGACAACGGGCAGUUUCUCAAGCAUGGCUUAAAGAACAACAAAGACUACGGGACGGGGAGGAGGGCUUGCGCUCAUGGACAGAAGGAGAAAAACAACAAAUGUUAGGAACAGGCAGGGUACAGGGCUACGAUGGAUACUUUGUCAUUUCUGUGGAGCAGUACCCAGAACUCUCAGACAGCGCAAACAACAUCCAUUUUAUGAGACAGAGUGAAAUGGGCAGAAGGUGACAUAGAGGAUUGAUGUGUUGACUUCUUGCCAAAGACAGCUGCUGUUGUGACCACAUACCUGAACUGUGUUGUAAUCUAUCCUUUUUCUUUUUUUUUUUUUUUUCUUUUUUUUAUGGACAUGAAGGAAAUGAUACUCUGUUGCACUGUAAUUCAUGCAACUUUUUUAAUUUUUUAAAAAUAAAUUAGGCCUUCACACGUUUUCUCAAAGGACAAGAAGGUAUUUUGCUGUUCUGUGGUCGCAGUGAAAUUUACUGUCUUGUUAUUUUACCCCUUUGCGAGGAGUUUUGAGGCGUGCCAAUGUGCGCCAACAGGUAGUCGGUGUGAAUCCCAAAGUGGAUGUAUGUGAUCAUUUGUUUCAUCUUAACCCUUCGCUAGCUGGAGCAGGGAUCAACUUGCCUUGAAAUGGAGAAAAACAAAUAUAUUCAGCUCUACUUGAAGAACUGAAUUUUGCCUUGAUUUAACCAAAACUCUUCAUAUCAUUUACAUUGUCUCUCAUAAUACAGUAUGUGGGAGGGUGAAUUGCUGUUCCAAUGUGUUGCUUGUGUUAAAUUUCAACUGCAAAUGAUAGUAUUUUCCCAACAGGUUUGGAUAACACUUUAGACUGGCUAAGCUUUUUACGUGCUUUUAAGAACGCGUUAACGUGGGUGAGACCCACUUUGUGAAAGUAACUAUAUCAAUUGUGUGCCUCUAGAGAACGUCUGUACCUUUUCCAUUUUCACUGAGAACUUAAAGAAGUGUUUUUGGGCUCCUGGUGUGCAGAGACCAUUUUGGUAAAGGGACGUGCAUUUCAUUCAGAGUUGGGCACAAAAUAAUGUAGGCUUUCCUCCCCUAUUGUCAUUGCCUCAAAAAUAAAUGUAUUCUUACAGACAUGAUGGGCUGUGGUUGGAGGAUUGGGCAC